AUGGAGGCCGAUGUGGGUACCGAAAAUUCCGGGCUGCCCCGGGCGGUGCAGCUGCACAUCGCGGACCUGGAGAGCCAUGUCAGCGGGCUCACCCAGCAGCUGGCCAUCGAGGCCAAGAUCCAUGAAGCACAUGCUGCUCGGUAUGAAAAGCUCAAGGCCCGCCAAGAAGCCCAGACAAGGACUGCGAGUCGCCUCCAUGCACGGGCGCUGGACGAGGUGGGGGACAGGGCAGACCUGGCCUCCUUCCAGCUGUCCAAGUCCAAGGUGGAGCUGUACCGCUGGCGCCAGCGCAGUGCCCUGCUCAAGGUCCGGCACUCCAGCGCGGUGGAGGACGCGGACCGCUACGACCGCCUCUGCGCCUCCACCUCGAGGCUCAGUGCGGUCGGGGCGAUGGCCGCCGCGCGCCACUCGGAGGCGCAGCGGGAGGCGACGCGCUCAGGCGCCGCCCUGCGCGCCCAGCUGCAGCAGGCGCAGGAGCUGACGCGUGCGGCGCGCCAGGAGGCCGCCCGCCAGGAGGCCCAGGCCGCUGGGUUCAGGUCCGAGGCCGCCUCGGAGCGCGAGCGACUAGCCCAGGCGAAGCGGGAGGCCGACUCGGAGCGCGAGCGACGCGCGCUGGCGGAGGAGAUCGCCGCAUCCGCGCGCUCGCGGGCGGAGGCCGCCGAGGGUGCCCUGCGAGCGCGGGAGGGCCUGGCGGCCGAGAAGGAGAGCUUGGCGGCGGGCAUCAAAUCUCGGGACGAGAAGAUUGCGGCCCUGGAGGAGGCAGCUCGCCAGAGGGAGAAUGCCACGCCAGCCAGAGAGAUGGCGACAGCGAUGCGAGUGGUGGAUCAACUGGUCGACCACCUGCAGGGCACGGAUGCCGAGGAUGAGGACUGCGGCGACGAUCUGUUCCGCGCCCCCAUCUUCCCGAUCGACGCCCCGCCCGCGGCACCCCUGGACGCUGGCCUGGGAAGGCAGGCCUCGCCCGCGCCCGGUCCCGAGCCGGUCGAGGCUGCUCGUGUGGCGGGCGCCGGCGCAUCUGCCCCGUCCUCACCCCUCGUCGCUGCAGAGCCGGUUGAGCCAGCGCCCAGGCGGAAGCCGCCUGCACGCCGGGCCGCCGGCCAGGCCAAGGUCAACCUGGCCGCCAGCGUGUGGGGCGAGGGGGAUUCCCCGGGGCAGGCCAAGGAGAGCAUCGCGCAGAAGGGGAAGAGAGCGCGGGUCGCCGCCAAGACCAGCCUGUCUGAGAAGGAGAAUUCGAGCGGGGGGGUCGGUGAGCCCACAAAGGAGGCUCUGGCGGCCCUAGCCGUCGGCCCCGCGACUGAGAUAGAUCGGCCGGCUGGCGAUCCGUUGCGCGCCCUCAACCCGAGGCCUGGCGGGCUGAAGCCUGCGGUGCCCGGCAAGAGGAAGCUGCUGACUGUCUCCAGGGGCGACGCACUGCCGGCGGCAGCAAUAUUCGGUGCGGGCUUCAAGGCACCCAAGCUGGCGUCCAGGGCCCCAUAG